AUGGCAGAUUCACGCGACCCCCAGGAACGGCAGCAGAUGCAGCUGGGGCAAGAGGAGGCGGAGCAACUGCCGAGAGAGAAGGAGCCGCCGCCACGGGAAGGGCGGCAGGAGGUGGAGCUGCAGGAGCCAGAGGAAGAAGCUGCGCGGCCCUCUCCUCGUGUAUCGCCGCCGAGACGACAUGCUGCACAUCCGCCAACGAUACCGGCUGAACAUACGCCGGGCCACCGCCGUAACCGCAACCUCCCUCCCACCCGCCACGACUGCCGCGAUGCCAGUUUGCCUGCGGAAGGUUACGACGGGGAGAGUCGCGGCGACGGCGCAACGACUCACACUUCUCGCGGGGCGCAGGAGAAUGGGGGCGCGAGGAGCGAUGGCCAGGUGACGGAGGGCCCCGCGGCUGCCUCACUGGCGCAACAACAGGCGCCGUCUGAACGGCCACAGCCUGUGCCACAACCGGUGCCUGGCCGCCAGUGGUGGCGGACACCGCCAUCGGCGAUGAAGCAACAGCCGCGGCAGGCGCAACAGGCCACGCUCGCCAUGGGGCGUGGGUCUGGAGGCGGAGAGGCACCAGCAGCAGAGGGUGCUGGCUUCGGGGCAGGUAGGACUGGUGGCUUUAGCGCAGCAACCCCGGGGUAG